GUUAACAUCAUUGAUUUUCCCAUCCGAUGCUUGUGCACACGCUUUCACAUAACAAAAUAGCUUUGCCAUAACCAUGCCGUUUUCAACUGUUUACGAAGACCCUUGGACAAGGACCCAUAUUAAUUUGAGCCACGUUGCCGUUCAACAUCUCGAACUGAUCGAAACCUUUCUAAAGCUCCUUCAACACCUCGGCGAUGCAGAUGGUAGCAUAAGUGACGAAACAUUGGCAUAUUCAGAAUGGCGCUAUGCUAUGUAUCUUCGUUUCAUCGACGUAAGGGGCUUUUGCCCAAAUGACCACCCACCUCCAUGGGAUGUCGCACUUAUUAUGUAUCUGCACAUGUUGUCACCCUCGCGCUUCCAUCAUUAUGUAUACGAUAACCGUAACCGCAACCUGAACGGCAUCUUUGGCUUAGAGCAUCGGCAUUUCCCUAUGACCAAAUUGCUGACAGGUGAAUGGUAUCCCAGACGAACGAGGAAGGCCUGGGGUGAGUUUAGUAUAAUGAGCGGCUCUGGCUCCGACUGUCAGGGUUGCAACCUACCAUUCCAACUAUGGCCCUCUGCACCAUGGAAACCGAAAAGGCUAUCCUCCAUUCUAGGAGGAAAGGCUCAUCGGCCACCAAGUUCAGAUCGAAAAUGGAUAACGCCGACUGAUAAAAAGCUCAAAGAGAUCCCCCAAGACCAGCAAGGAAAAGUCAUUCUGAUGCACCAAUGGGAUAGCUGUCGUACAAGUGUACCAGAACAAGGUUACAAGGUCUGGGACCUCCAGUCAUACGCGGCGAUACGAACAUGCAGGGUAGAAGAAAGGUGCCGGAGUCAGAGUCAACAUGAACAGUUCAACGAAGUCUGCUUGCUUAAACCGUGGCCAUCUUUACAGGAUCUUCGAAAAGACCUUGAGCAACAAGUGUCUUCCUGGCAGGUCAUACUUGACGUAAAGAAUUCGGUACCUGGCUUUGUCGACAGUUUGAAGAAUUCAGUGGUUGACUACGAAGACUUUCUCGGCCUUCUGGGUAGUAUACUUCCAAAGAGUGAGAGAGAUGGCUCAUACAAGUCAAAGCUCGACCCAAAGACAGCAAAAAUAUCUCGCCAGCCAAGCUCACAACCCUCUCGGAUAAUCCCGCCAACACUCGAGAUUGAUCUUUUAUGGCAAACUCACCGCUUGUUCCCAGGGAGCUACUGGAUAUGGUCUGCUGAAAAGGCAGACUGGGUCCUUGAUAGAGAACCAACAGCAAAUUCACGGGCCGCAGCUACACUGCUUCAACAUACAAGAGAGCUGUGGAGAUCAAGGUACACCUCAGACCUGGGCAGGGGUGUUUCAGUGAAGGAGACAUUGGCGGAGUACGUCCCUCACACAGUGAAACAUGCACCUGCCAACGUGCAGCGGACCGAUCUCAAGACUUUGGUGUGUGGUCGUAACGCAUGGAAGCAAAGAAGGGUAAUCAGAAGGGGACGAGGGGACGAUAUAUCUGGUGGUGGAGGCGCUGGUGAUUAUGGAGGGUCCGGGGGAUGUGAUGGAGGCGGCGGUGGUGAUGGUGGUGGAGGUGGCGAAUAGGGAAUGAUAGAACAAGGAGUCUUCGAAGACUGCUCAAGAGACUAUUAGGAAUAAAAUUCAGCGGAAGGACUUAAGUGAUUGGUGAAAGGGCCAUGGAAUAGUGAGCUUCCGAUCAGCGCAAAGAGAGCUUUGCCGUUAUAUACCAAACUCCUCUCGCCGGCUCACCACUGGAUUCCGAACCUAUUCAGGACAUCCAUUCUCAAAAUCACAAAUUACCCAGACUUGCUUACCCUCAUACUCUUCCGGCAACAAACAAUGGGCCACAACCUUUCCUCCCGUGAGGUGGUACCAGGUCAAUGUGACAUAUAUGGCACAAGUGGAUAAGCAGGGACAUCUUCAAAAUGAAACUCAUCCAUCGCUGGCCUGCACCUCGUUGCAAGAACCCAAGUGACUACAGCUUUUUAAUAUUUAC